AUGGGAGCCCUCCAAGGAGUUAUCAUGGAGAUUGUUCUCACCUUUUCACUCCUAUUCACGGUCUAUGCUACUAUAGUCGACCCUAAGAAGAACGUCCCUACUGGGUUCGGCCCAUUUCUUGUUGGGCUUGUUGUUGGAGCUAACAUUUUGGCAGGUGGGGUUUUCUCAGGAGCAUCAAUGAACCCUGCUCGAUCAUUCGGGCCAGCGUUGGCAUCUGGUGAUUGGACUGACCAUUGGAUCUAUUGGGUUGGGCCUCUCAUAGGUGGCGGGCUUGCUGGGCUUAUUUAUGAAUACUUUUUCAAAAAUGAUACACAUGUUCCUCUUCCAAGGGAAGAACCUUUUUAG